AUGCUUAGUGACAUGAAUCAACGAAUAACUGCUGCUGUUCGAACACCAGUCGGAUGUGCAACACCGUUUGAGGUGGUAACUGGGGUAAGACGAGGGGCAGUGGCAGGACCCUUCCUGUUCAACAUCGCUAUCGACGACAUCAUGCAAGGAACAGUCGAUCAUUGUCCUGCCGACAUCGUCUUGGCACUAUCAGGGCACCCCUUGAUUAAUCUCGAGUACGCCGACGAUGUUGUCAUAUUCGCAGAAAGGAGUACAAAAGUUCAAAAUGUUGGCAACCUUGUGUCGAGGCUUUCUGCAGACUAUCGACUAUCUCUGCGCCCUUAUAAAUGCGAGCAGAUGUGGGAACUCAAACGGAAACAAGGUGGACGAACAACUGAUCGAGCUCGCCGAUGA